GAAAAUAAAACAAAAGGAACAGAUAUUUUGCUGCGCGAGUUGUGUGACAACAACAGAAUCAAAUGGAUCCCAAACUUUGGCACAAGGUAGCUGGGAUUUCAGGUGUAGCUGCACUUGGAUUGGGCACUUAUGGUGCUCAUUUCUUCAAGCCCCAAAACCCUUCUUACAAAGAUGUUUGGCAAACAGCAUCGCUUUACCAUUUGGUUCACACUGCUGCCUUACUCGGUGCCCCAUUGACGAAAAAUCCCUCUAUUUUUGGAGGCCUUCUAACUACUGGCAUUUUGGCCUUCUCCGGAACGUGCUAUACUGUGGCAUAUCUUGAAGACAGAAAAUAUUCUAGAUUGGCUCCAUUUGGCGGCUUUGCAUUCAUAGCAGCUUGGGGUAGCUUGCUUUUCUGAUAACUUAAAGCGGUGUUCUUAUUUCUAUUGGUACUUGCUACAUAACACCUAUAUAUAUUGCUAAACUUGUAUAGAUGAAUGAGGCUAUCAUGGGAUUUGUUAAUUGCCCCCUACCUAGCCCUUGAAGAUUGGUAUCCCUUAUAAGCGAUUAUGUUUUUAUAUCAUGUAAGAUUCGUAUAAUGUAAUGUAACAUGAUUUUUGGAGAAAAACUGGUGAAAUUAGGUUUGUCAUGCUUAAUAUAAGUACUCUCAAAGCUAGAUUUCAUAAA